AUGUACUCCUCCCUUGGUUCCGCGGUGCUCGCCGCGCUGUGCCUCCUGCCUUCCACCUCGGCGGCUCUCAAGACCGUGCCGAACGGCCCGAACAAACUGGACGAGUGCCCGGCAUGCCCGCGCAUGUACACGGCCCUGGUUCAAUGCCAGAAGAUCGAACAGCCGGACGGCUCAUGGGCCAAGGUCAAUGACUGCAUCUGCGUCCCUGGUUACGACGGCUGGUACCCUUACCUUGACGCGUGUCGCGAAUGUCUGGCAACCGGCACCGACGACUUCUUCGGCAACAUGGGCAGGCUGAUGACCCAGCUCUACGGCGCCUGCCGCGACGGUCCCAGCGGCAACAUCACGAGCAACGGGCUCAGCCUCUGCGUGGGCAGCAGCGACUACGAGAGCUGCAUCUCGCUCAAGGAUGCCUCGCACGGCGACAGCUGGGCCAGCUUCCGGGGGCUUACCGAGAAGUAUCAGGUCCUCCCCAGCAGCAACCGGACCCAAACACUCAAUCUCGCGGCGCUGGAGGAGGAAGAGGACCCCUCGACUGCUUCCGCCAGCACCACCAAGCCGCCAGCAUCCUCCAGGACGUCCGAGACCGCGUCAGCAACCGGAACGAGCAGCGAGGCUCCGUCCAACACGGUUGCUUCGCAAACCAGCACCACUGCUGCCGCCACUGCUGCCGCCACCGAAAGCCCAUCCUCGGCCGCUCGGAUGAGCUACGAGUCUCGGGCGGGAUGCAUUGUGGGCAUCUCGAUCACUGCCGGUAUUGUUGGCUUGCUAGCCUGA